AUGCCACUACUAGUGAAGUUCAAGAAAUCUAAAGGUAAUAAGGUUUCUGUGACUUCGGUUGUAUCUGAAACUACAAAACAAAUACAUGUAAGGAUACGGCUCCCCAAGAGAGUGUUAGAAGACUUGGAAGAUUCUGACUUAUCUUCAUUAGAAGAUGAGUUGAACCAAGCGCUAACCACCGAUAGUAUACUACCUCGAACUCCCGUUAAACAGUCUACCCAAACAGAUGAUGAACCUAAAUCAUUGAAUGUUACCCUCAAAUACAGUCCACGUCCUUCCAGCACAUUUUCAUCAUUUAAAAGCAAUAACAAUACUCAGAUAACGGAACCAGAUAAGGAAGUCAAACAAGAAGUACCUGAACAACCAAACUUGCAGGCAAGUAAACAACCAUCCACAGUUCCAGGUUAUAGAGGCAUACCUCCCAACUUAACAAUAGUACUAAAAAGAGAAUUCGGACUUCUUAACGAGAGUUCAGAGGAUCUUGAAAUGAUUGAAAAAAUUAUCUUCACUUUGAGAGAUCCUUUGAGUGCUACCAAGAUCAAAUUACCAGUAAAAUCUAUUACCUGUAGUCACUUUGAAUGUUUUGAUUUCGAAAAUUUCUGUGUUUUCAACAAAAUCCCCCAUGGGAUCAAGAGUAUCUUAAAAAAAGAUUUGAUCCGUAAAAGCUUUGAUUUAAAGAAACGAGAUAAAUUUCUUCAGAAUACUGGCAAAGAUUUUAACCCCAUGAGCAUAGUACAAUUGACAAAGAAUUUCAUUUAUAAUCCUGGACUCAACGAAUUCAAAAAUGUUGGAGUAGCAAAUCAACCUCAUUAUCCCACAUACAAAUGUCCAGUUUGUAAUAAUCCGUUUGAGUUAAGUCAACUUUUCAUUUCUGAUAUCAUCAAUUAUUUCAUAAAGACCACACCUAUGGAUAUAAAUAGAAUCGAACUUUUGGAUAUGGCCAAUUAUAGAAUUGUGGAUGAUUUACCACAACCCAAGAAGGAGGAAAGCCAUGAAGUUGUAAUGUUAGAUUCGGAUGAUGAGAUUGAUACAAAUGUCCCUGAACAGAAAGAUGUCGUGUUACCGGUUUUAAGAGGGUUUGACAAUAACGGUUCAAAUAACGUACAACUUCCAUCAUUCAAUAUGAUGAAUUCAGAAAUUCCAGGGUUUCUGGACGAUUCUACAGAAGAAGAGGAUUAUGGAAAAAUUCCACCGCCUCCAGCAAAAUUCCCAUCUCAAAGAAAUCCAUCUCAAAGUAAUCUUCCUCAAAGAAAUCCUCCUACCACCACAGGUACAGGAAGUUGGGAAGAUCCUGUAACAUUAGAUUAA